GGGUUCAUUGAAUUUGACUGAGAAUGAGCCGCGAAGCUCAUCUUUUCGGGGAAAGCUCAGCUGCAGUGGCCCAAACAAGGAAAGCAGCAAGGAACGACGAGGGCGCUGUUCUUUAACGCAACACAUCUUAUAGAAACACAGAGCUCAACCUCUUUCUCUCUCUCUCGCGCGCGCGCUCUACUUUCAAUAACCGACAUCGGAGCAUAGCCAGAGCAGAAUGGCAUCCUUGCUUUACUCCUCUACCCCUUCUUCCUCUUCUUCAUCCUCCUCUCUGAAAGCUCUCUCCUUUGGGUUCCCUCCGCCAUGCAGAGGCUUCGCUAUUAACGGCUCUCCUCGUCGAAUUCCCGCCCGUCACGCUGUCAGGUGUAAUCUUGUUGAGCCGCUGAAGGUUGAAAAUGGAAAGCCCUCUAUUCCAGUCGUUAGCGAAUCGACAAUACCUAGUUUUCUGACUUCAAAACAUAUGGAAAGUACAGUGAAUGACACAAGGCUUCGAAUAUUUUCUGGCACAGCAAAUCCUGCACUUUCUCAGGAAAUUGCUUGCUACAUGGGUCUGGAGCUUGGAAGGAUCAAGAUAAAGCGUUUUGCUGAUGGCGAGAUUUAUGUUCAGUUGCAAGAGAGUGUUAGAGGGUGUGAUGUGUAUCUUGUGCAGCCUACAUGUCCUCCUGCAAAUGAGAAUCUUAUGGAGCUUUUGAUAAUGAUAGAUGCUUGCCGGAGGGCAUCAGCAAAAAAUAUUACUGCAGUGAUUCCAUAUUUUGGCUACGCCAGGGCUGAUAGAAAGACUCAAGGGCGUGAGUCCAUUGCAGCUAAACUGGUAGCAAAUCUAAUCACAGAAGCAGGUGCAAACCGUGUUCUCGCUUGUGAUCUACAUUCAGGGCAGUCCAUGGGUUAUUUUGACAUUCCAGUGGACCAUGUGUAUGGUCAGCCUGUUAUACUUGAUUAUCUGGCCAGCAAGACUAUCUGUUCAGAUGAUUUGGUUGUGGUCUCACCUGAUGUUGGUGGAGUUGCUAGAGCUCGUGCUUUUGCUAAAAAAUUAUCUGAUGCACCACUGGCUAUUGUGGAUAAAAGGCGCCAUGGACACAAUGUUGCAGAGGUGAUGAAUCUGAUUGGUGAUGUUAAGGGGAAAGUUGCAGUUAUGGUUGAUGACAUGAUUGACACAGCUGGGACUAUCACCAAAGGAGCAGCUCUAUUACAUCAAGAAGGGGCAAGGGAAGUCUACGCAUGCAGUACACAUGCUGUUUUUAGUCCUCCUGCUAUUGAGAGAUUGUCAAGCGGUCUGUUUCAGGAAGUGAUCAUCACAAAUACCAUUCCAGUGUCAGAGCAGAACUAUUUCCCCCAGCUGACAGUUUUGUCGGUGGCAAACCUCCUGGGCGAGACCAUAUGGCGUGUUCAUGAUGACUGCUCCGGUGGCUUUGAACCCUAUUCCAGCUUGGGCAUUGAUUGACUAUACAUAUUGGUGGUGUGUCUUCAGCUUUCAUUACUGCUGUUUAGCUACCUCCUUGGGAACAGGAUUGUUGGUUCAUAGCAGUAUCAGUUUUUGUCCAAUGAGGGAAGCCCCAGUUUAUCGGUUAUAUGUAUUCCGAGAUAUGUAUAAUUUUUAGUGAGGCUUUUCUUCCCAAACCAAUAGAAAUACUCUUUGAGGUCUACAAGUUCUCAUUUUCUCAAGUAACUUUUAUAGAAAUGAUAUGGGGAUGGAUAUUCUUAAGUUAAUUAUUGAAAUAUAAUAUAUGUACAAGGCAGUCUCUUGCAGUUGAUUCAUGUAAUGGAUUACUUUGGCCAUUUUCCUUUCAACCUGUAUGCAGCGAUAGGAAGAUAUUUUUCCCCUUAACCUCCUCCCUGCCCCUUGGGUUUAGUGGCAGGUGCAGAGGGGGGGGGGGUGUGUUGGGUGGGGUUGUGAAUUUUCAUACAUUAACCAUUUUUGUAAUCUUAUAUUGACAUUGUUAAACCAUAUUAAUAUAUGAAAGGAAAAUAUGGACUGGUUUGGCGUGCU